AUGUUUUCACUCUGUCAACCCCUUUACGUGAUUGUGCUGCUUGGUACUCUUUUGGGUCUGGGUUUGGGCUUGGAGUUCACUGGUUCUGAAGGCCAGUGGGCACGCUACAUCCGCUGGGAUGCCAGCACCCGAAGUGACCUCACGUUCCAGUUUAAAACCAGCGUGUCUGAAGCAUUGAUGCUGUACUUUGAUGACGGUGGUUACUGCGACUUUUUGCUUCUAAGCAUCGCGGAAGGGAGACUGAGACUUGGGUUCAGCGUGGACUGUGCGGAGACAACCAUAACCACCGACAAGAUGGUCAACGACACCCGCUGGCAUUUCGUCACCGUUAGCCGACACAAUCUGCGGACGGUGUUGGCGUUAGACGAAGAGACCAAAAUAGAUGAGGUCAGACCUCAGAGGCAGUUUAUGAAGAUCGUCAGCGACCUGUACGUGGGAGGCGUUCCGCAGGACAUCCGGACAUCGGCGCUCACGUUACCAUCAGUCAGGGAGAUGCCGCCGUUCAAGGGAAUUAUUACGGAUCUGGGAUAUGGGAAUCAGUUACCCACACGACUUGGGAGUCAGAAAGUCCAUCUGGAGAUGGAGGGUCUGUGCACAGAGAACCCUUGUGAGAAUGGAGGAAGCUGUUCCAUAGCUGAUGGGGAACCAGUCUGCGACUGCUCCAAAACUGGAUAUGGAGGCCGAUAUUGUAAUGAAGCGUCGACCAACAAGAGCCCUGGUUUGGCACAUAUGGUGAAGUCCCCGCAAGCACGGGAGGAGAACGUGGCCACGUUCCGUGGUUCGGAGUACUUCUGCUACGACCUGGCCCAGAACCCCAUCCAGAGCAGCAGCGACGAAAUCACCCUGUCCUUCAAGACGUGGCAACGGAACGGGCUCAUUCUGCACACGGGAAAAUCGGCCGACUACGUCAACCUGGCGCUGAAGGACGGGGCGGUGUCCUUGGUGAUCAACCUAGGUUCCGGGGCCUUCGAAGCCCUGGUGGAGCCUGUCAACGGAAAAUUCAACGAUAACGCCUGGCAUGACAUCAAAGUCACACGCAACCUGCGUCAGCACUCAGGCAUUGGACACGCUAUGGUAAACAAACUACAUUGUCUGGUGACCAUAUCGGUGGACGGCAUUUUGACGACCACGGGUUACACGCAGGAAGACUACACCAUGCUGGGGUCAGAUGAUUUCUUCUACGUCGGAGGAAGUCCCAGCACCGCUGAUUUACCAGGCUCACCAGUCAGCAAUAAUUUCAUGGGCUGCUUGAAAGAGGUUGUCUACAAGAAUAACGACAUCAGGUUAGAGCUGUCCCGACUGGCCCGAAUCGCAGACCCGAAGAUGAAAGUGCAAGGUGACGUGGUCUUUAAGUGUGAGAACGUGCCAACGUUAGAUCCCAUCUCUUUCGAAAUGCCUGAGUCGUACCUCAGCCUCCCUAAAUGGAACACCAAACGAGUUGGCUCCAUUUCCUUCGACUUCCGCACCACCGAACCCAACGGACUCAUCCUCUUCACCCAAGGCAAACCCCAGGAUAGGAAAGAUUCCCGAAGCCAGAAAAGCAACAAGGUGGAUUUCUUUGCGGUGGAACUGUUGGACGGCGGUUUGUAUUUGCUUCUGGACAUGGGUUCUGGAACCAUCAAGGUAAAAGCUACUCAGAGCAAGAUUAGCGAUGGAAACUGGCACCACGUGGACAUUCAGCGAGAUGGACGAUCAGGCAUCAUAUCAGUGGACAGUCGCAGAACCCCUUUCACUGCCAGCGGCGAGAAUGAGAUUCUGGACCUGGAGGGGAACCUGUACUUGGGGGGGCUUCCAGACAGCCGUGUUGACCUGGUCUUGCCUACAGAGCUGUGGACGGCCAUGCUGAACUACGGCUACGUGGGCUGUAUCCGUGACCUGUUCAUCGACGGCAGGAGCAAGGACAUCCGUCAGAUCGCCGAGGCUCAGAGCGGAGUGGGUAUCAAGCCCUCCUGCACUAAGGUGACACGCAAGCAAUGCGACAGCAACCCCUGCAAGAAUAACGGGGCGUGCCGAGAAGGCUGGAACCGUUUCAUCUGUGACUGCACAGGCACUGGCUACUGGUCCCCAACAUGUGAAAGAGAGGCCUCCAUCUUAAGCUUCGACGGCAGCAUGUACUUGAAGGUCGUCAUGCCGACGGUCAUGCACACGGAAGCUGAGGACGUGUCCUUACGCUUUAUGUCCCAGCGUGCGUUUGGGCUGCUCAUGGCGGCCACGUCGGGCGAAUCAGCCGACACGCUUCGCUUGGAGCUCGAAGGAGGGCGGGUCAAACUGACGAUUAACCUAGGCAAAGGGCCAGAAACACUUUACGCCGGACAAAAACUCAAUGACAACGAGUGGCACUCAGUACGAGUGGUGCGGCGUGGUAAAAACAUCAAACUGACGGUGGAUGAUGACGUAGCUGAAGGUCAAAUGAUGGGUGACCAUACCAGGCUGGAGUUCCGGAACGUGGAAACAGGCAUUCUAACAGAGCGGCGCUUUGUCUCCUCAGCCCCCUCCAGCUUUAUUGGGCACUUGCAGGGCCUCAAAUUUAAUGGCAUGCUUUAUAUUGACAUGUGCAAAAACGGUGACAUCGAGUUCUGUGAGCUCAAUGCUCAUUUCGGCAUGCGUUCCAUCAUCGCUGACCCUGUAACAUUUAAGACCAAGGCCAGUUACCUAGGCUUGGCUACACUGCAGGCCUACUCCACAAUGCACCUGUUCUUCCAGUUUAAAACCACCUCGCCUGAUGGUUUCAUCCUCUUCAACAGUGGAGAUGGGAACGACUUCAUUGCUGUAGAGCUGGUCAAGGGGUACAUUCACUACGUGUUUGACCUUGGUAACGGGCCCAGCUUGUUGAAGGGCAACAGCGACAGUCCGCUCAAUGACAACCAGUGGCACAACGUGGUCAUCACUCGCGACAUCAGCAACACACACACACUCAAAGUGGACUCUAAGUCCGUCAGCCAGGUGGUCAACGGUGCCAAAAAUCUCGACCUCAAAGGUGAUCUCUUUGUGGCUGGACUCGGACCCAACAUGUACCAGAACCUACCCAAGCUGGUGGUCUCUCGGGAGGGCUUUCAGGGCUGCCUGGCAUCAGUAGACCUGAAUGGACGUUUGCCCAAUCUCAUCAAUGAUGCCCUCUUCCACAGUGGACAGAUCGAACGUGGAUGUGAAGGCCCCAGCACCACCUGCCAAGAGGACUCCUGUGCCAAUAUGGGCGUGUGUAUCCAGCAGUGGGAGAACUUCACCUGUGACUGCUCCAUGACCUCAUAUGCGGGCACUCAAUGCAAUGACCCGGGAGCGACAUAUAUCUUUGGUAAAGGAGGUGGACUCAUCACGUACACCUGGCCCAACAAUGAGAGGCCAAGCACAAGGACCGACCGGUUAGCUGUGGGAUUCAGCACUACCAUCAAAGAUGGGAUCAUGGUCCGCAUCGACAGUGCCCCCAGGCUGGGUGACUACAUUAUGCUCCACAUUGAGGAGGGCAAAGUCGGUGUCACAUUCAACAUUGGCACGGUGGACAUUAGCGUCAAGGAGACCACCACGCCAGUGAAUGAUGGAAAAUACCAUGUGGUGCGCUUCACAAGAAAUGGAGGCAAUGCCACCCUGCAGGUGGACAACUGGCCAAUCAACGAACACUUUCCGUCAGGCAACAGCGACAUUGAGCGCUAUCAAAUGGCUAAUAAGAAAAUCCCAUUCAAAUAUACCCGGCCGGUCGAAGAUUGGCUACACGAGAAAGGUCGGCAGCUGACCAUCUUCAACACACAGGCUACGAUUUCUAUUGGCGGGAACGAUCGUAAACGGCCGUAUCAAGGCCAGCUCUCAGGCCUCUAUUACAACGGCCUGAAGGUUCUCAACAUGGCAGCCGAGGGACACGCCAAUAUCAAAGUUAACGGCAGCGUGAGAUUGGUCGGUGACGUGCCCACAAGUCGCGGCCCUGCUCGCACGACCACCUCGGUCCCACCAGAGAUGUCCACCACUUUCAUCGAGACCACCACCACGCUCUCCACCACCACUACACGCAAACAGCGCUCUCCUCCCACUAUCCAGACGACAGAUGAUAUUGUAUCUUCAGCAGAAUGUUCCAGUGACGAUGAGGACCUGGAGGAGUGUGAUUCUGGACACACAGGAGGGGAGUUAGUCAUCCCUGUUCUAGUCGAGGAUCCCAUAGACAUCCCUCCUGUUUCCUCUCGAGCUCCUUUCAUUCCCCUCCCCCCAACCCUGCACCCUGUCCUCACCAUUAUUGAAACCACCAAAGAGUCCCUGUCCAUUGCCACUGAGACGGGGGUACCUUGCUUGUCGGACCGAGGCAGCGAUGAUUGUGAUGAUGAUGAUGGUGAUGAUGAUGGUGAUGGCUUGGUGAUAUCGGGGUUUGGUUCAGGGGAGGCCUUCGACUCUAGCCUCCCCCCGACUGACGAUGAGGAUUUUUACACCACCUUCUCCCUGGUAACAGAUAAGAUCUUGACCACGUCGACCUACGAAGGUGGCUACAAAGCCCACGCACCUAAGUGGGAAGUCAAGGAUUUUAGGCCUAGCAAGGCUUCUGAGGUGGGUGGUGGCAGGACUACAGCCUACCCCCCUCUGCCUGACCUCAAGAGUUCGGUGGCAGCCUCCGUCACGUCGGAGACACCCCCCAAACUCCCCGCCGGAAAAAUGAACAACCGCGAGGUCAAACCUCAGCCGGACAUAGUGCUGCUGCCGCUGCCCACCUCCUAUGACACGGACGGCACCAAGCGAGGAGGUCCGCUCAUCACCUCACCCAUGCUACGCAAUGUUCCCAGCGCCCUGCCCACCAUGCCAGGGAUCCGAAGAGUGCCCCCCGGUGCCUCGGAAGUUAUCCGCGAGUCCAGCAGUACAACGGGCAUGGUGGUGGGCAUUGUGUCAGCUGCUGCCCUAUGUAUCCUCAUUCUCCUUUAUGCCAUGUACAAGUACAGGAACAGGGACGAGGGCUCUUACCAGGUGGACGAAACGCGAAAUUACAUCAGCAACUCAGCGCAAACUAAUGGUGCGGUAGUGAAAGAUAAACAGCCCAGCGCCAAGGGUACGAGCACCAAGAGACCGAAAGACAAGGACAAGGAAUAUUAUGUAUAA